AUGCAUACUUUGAAGAUUUUAUAUCGAGCCUACUCCAUUAUUCUUGCACAAUCUCAAUUUGAAAAAAAAUGUCAGCGGCGGAAUAUGCGUGUUUCGGGUGGCGGUACAGUAGCCUCCAUAAGGCGGAGCACUGCCUCUGCCCGUAUGUGUAGCACUAGCAUUACCCCUAACCAAUGUUUUAGAAUCCACAACAUUGCCACUCCAUUGAAGGUUCAUUUAGGACACUUUUGUGCAAUGGAGCCGAUCCGUCCUUUCUCCACCUCCUUGACCUCCACCAACACGCUGAGAAGGUCAAUCUCUUUAUCGAGAAGCGGUGUAAAGCCCAAAAGUCGCCCCAAGAGGAACCGAAGCGAGAGACGAGGGCCCGAUGCCCAAACACGUAAUGUCCUCAAGACAGAUCUUCAAACACCAAAACCAUCUUUGGAUUUAAACCAUGAUAAUGAUAAUGACAGUAGGGGACGUCCUGCCACACGUACACCAGAUUCCAUGCCGUCUUCCACCACGCCACCCGAAAAGACGGCGAACACACCGGGGGGGAUGGGUUGGGACUACGAAAUGGUGGACCCAGUCACCGGCAAGACUUCAAUUGAUUUGCUCUACGAGUCCCAUUUAGAUCGAAUUCAGCAGAUUCUCGAGAGGCCAUUACCACCCAUGCCCCCUGAUGGUCAUAUCAACCCCGAUUUUUUUGUGGGGUUUCUAUAUUACAAUUAUCGUCUUCGCUACCAGUAUCGCAGCACCAUCGCGCAGGAGCUCCAGCUUCCGGUGCAGGCGGUGAAGCUUUCGGUGGCUUGGAGUGGCCGCUUUGACGUAUCGCGUUUUAACCAAGUGCAAAAGGUUUGUGGGAUUUACCUGGAUCGCGGGUUAUUGCCUGGUGCGUCUUCCCAUUCUACGGGGAAGGCGGGGCCGCAGGACGAGACCGAUUCCCGACUGUCCGACGCCAUUCAGGAGCGCAUGGCGGCGCUAAUUCAGGCCAUCAACGCACGCCGCACGCCGCACCUACUUCAGACGCAGCUCUUUCAAGCCAGCAGUGCGAUCCCCGAGGUGGAGUUCGCGCUAAGCCGGCGGGAACAUCGCUUGCGAACGCACCUUUAUCACUGGAUCCACCCAAACAUUUUAGGCAGCAGCUUAGCGGUAAUUGUGCAGGGUGGGGACCUUGAGCUCUACCGGGCCUAUGCGCGGCGAGGGUCCGGCCCUGUGGAUCCCACCCCGAGGGCGUCUUUCGAUGGCCCCCCCACCCCGGCCUACGCGGAAUGGCUCACCGGCGAGAUCGACGCCUCGGCGCGGCAGGGGCGCUUUGUGGACCGCCACUGGCUUGGCCAAUUUCACAGCCGGGAGAUCAUCCCGCGGCGACUUUCCCUGCGUGGGGUGGCGGCGCUGGUCACCUGGGCGAUACUGCAGGGCGAAGUGGGCCCGCUGAGGCUGCCGCGCCAUCCGGAAGCGUCCCUGGCGGAAAAGAACGCAGGGGCCUCCCAGGGGGGGAACCCAAGUGGGCUCUCUCAUGAAGAGGAGCCGGGGGCCGCCGCCACGCAGGACGAGGGGCUUCUUUCCGAGGCUCAGGUGCGAUUACUGGAAUACUGCCGCGACCACUUACAGUCUGGGGUCCAGCGAAACCAAAUGGAGCCUGAACCACGGACUGGGGAGGAGAAGGGAUCGGUCUCCUCUCAAAUGUUCUCAGCCGAGGCGUGUUUGUUUGGUAAUGACGACUUUAUGCAUGGAUUGGAGCAAAGCCUGCAGUCGACUGCACUGCAGUGGAUCUGUACAAUAAGGCGCGCACUUUUUCUGCAUGAUGAGGGGACAUCAGUUGCUGACGGCUUCACUUCUUCGGGAACUAGCAGCAUCUCACUGCCUGCUCUCUUUGUGCAUCGUGCUUAUGCAGGUGGGUUGGUGGAGAUGCGCUACUUAAGAAGUAAUAAAGCAGCCAUGGAUGCACUCUUACUGCAUCCCAAUGACAUUGUCAUGAAAAAAGCCUUUGCGAGACAACUUCGCAAUGGCUACCAAAGGCUUCGAAUUUAUGAGGAAAUGGAUACUAGUCAAUCGUGUGGGUAG